UUUGCUAAAAUCUAUAUAUUUUUUUCGAAAUCUUUAAAACUAUUCGUUCCUAACUGAUAUACAGUUUUAUAAUAAACGAUUUCUCGUAUAAGAUCUAGAUAACAACUUUAUGAGGUUGUAUAUCGGCGCUUUACGCUAAAAUUUGUGAUAUUUUAAAAUUAUGCUAAUAAGAAACUUUGUGUGUUAAUAUGAUAUUCUUUAUGUGACUUUAUUUGUAAAUACUGCUUAAAUAUAAGUAAUAUCGAAGAUAUGGAGUCGUCUUGCACCCGUUUCACAGCAGCUGAAGGCGGUGCUCGCUUAGCAGCAUGUGCUGGUACGAAGAAUAUACUGGUUACCGAGCAUACUUCGUUUAUAUCAACAAGUGUCUUGGUCGAACAUGCAUACAAGAUAAGAGGCUUACUGUCCACCGGACGUCAACGUUCAGUGUAUAUAACCAGAGCAUCCCGUAUCGAGUGUACUGCCCACGAGCUAAAAAUACUAACAGACCUGUCCGUGUCAAAAGCUCGUGUGUUUGAUGAUGUUGAUGAUUGGAAAGAGACGUUGGAACACAAAGAGGUACUCGUAUGUACAUCAAUAGUCAUAAAAACUAUAUUGGAGAAAGGACUAUUGACUAUACCGGAUAUUAAUGUUUUGAUAAUUGACAGCUGUCAUUUGAUAUUCAACGAUGAACAUCUACAAUAUGUGAUGAAGCUCUACAAGGAGUAUGAUGAAGGCAACAGGCCGAGGGUCCUCGCUCUAACCUAUCCCCUAUUCACCGCUACGAGCAACUCAAACGACGGUACCGACAGCAUGAAUAUAGAUAAAGAUAUAGAUGAAGAUAAAGAUAGAUAUAUAGCUGAUGAUGAUGAUGGUAUAGAUGUGGCUAAUGAUGAAAAUGUUGAUGAUUUCGAUAUGUAUGAGAAAUUGGAGUGGAAGAUAUGUGAGCUGGAGAAGGCUCUGUGCUGUGAAAUGGACCUGGCCGAGGAUAUUGAUGGUGGGAAACGUCUCUCAGCGUCAGCGACGAGACCCAGGGAGCUGAUAAUCGAAUACGGUCCCCGACCCUCCGACGAAGCCCUGCCAGAGGCCUACCUCGAGCUCGAGGACUAUAUGAAGGAAACGGUCAAUCAGGCCCUGGAAUUUAUCAAUGAACACAGAUACGAUCCAACGGAAAUAUACGGUGAGGAUUUGUACGAGGAAUUCAAGAACAUACCAGACCCUACGAUAGAACCAAAGAAAAUAUUCAUGGAUUUUUUAUAUGUCUUGGAACAACUCGGUCCUUACGCAGCUGAUAAGGCAGCUAUAUCACUAUUGACAAAGUUAGAAAAGUUAAAAAUCAAAGUUCCCUACGAGAGGCACUUCCUACUGUUAUGUCUCUGUACAUCCGUCUUCGUGAAGAUCAGAUGUUUUGCUGAUUUAAUCUUCUCGAAAUAUUCUUCGGAUUGGGAUAAAAUAACGAUAUUCUCAACACCGAAGGUCCUGAGAUUAGUGGAGAUACUGGAGAAGUUUCAGCCAGCAGACAGUAAGAGUGCAACGAGGAAUCCGGUUAAUAACCCAAAAGCAGAUACCAAGUCGGAUACACAAAGAAAUGUUAAAUCAAAAGAGGCAUCAGACAGUUCAGACAGUGAGAGCAAAUUGCUUACAGAUAAUAAAACGGAUGGAACUAAUAUAAAAACUGAUGAAACGGUACCAAAAGAUGAAGUGACCGAUGCAAAAGUAUCAAAGACAAGAGAACUCUUGAAUGAGAUUGAUAAAUGUGACUUCGUAACGCUCGGUAAUAAAAUCGAAGAUAGAGUUCAUAUAUACGAAACGAAUUUAAAAGAUUAUGAAGAUACAGAAAGUGAAAGUGUUGUUAAAGUGAGUAGUGAGAAGCAAAGUGUAAAGUGUGAUAAGAAUGUCGUGGAUGGCAAGGUCUGCUUCGGGAAGCGCUUCGGGCACAGGUCGAGAGGCCGCGGGAGGGCGCUGAGGAGUAACGCGGCCAAGUUGCUGCAGAUGCAGCAGAAUCCGGAUGCGCUGUGCGGUAUUGUGUUCAUGAAGGAGGCUUUGAUGGCGAAGAUUAUGUUUAUGAUGAUUGCGGACAUGUCCCGCAGUCGCCCGUCCCUGUCGCACCUGUGUGCGCAGUACUGUGCUGAGGAGGGACCCAACGGCAGUAAGAAACAGGAGGAGGUGCUUAAGAAGUUCCGUAUGCAUGAGUGCAAUCUUUUACUGGCUACCUCUGUGCUGGAGGAGGGCAUCGACCUCCCGAGGUGCAACCUUGUGGUGAGAUGGGAUGUUCCACCUUCCUACCGCUCGCACGGGCUGUGCCGCGGGCGCGCGCGCGCCCCCCGCGCGGCGCUGGCGCUGCUGGCGCCGCCCGCGCGCAGCGCCGCGCUCGCCGCGCAGCUCGCCGUGUACACCGAGCUGGACCAGCUAAUAACAAGAAAAUGCGGUUGUGGGAUACAAAACGAACCCACGAUUGAGGAAGAGAACCACGCCGAUACAUUAUCGUCAAUAGUCAAAUCCUACAUACCAUUAGAACUAAAGAAAAAACAUCCUAAUGAUACAAACGUACAGACAGAUCAAAAUAAAGUGAUAAGAAAUAAUAUAGGAAACACUUUUGAUACUGAAGCGAUAAAUAAUGAAAUAAGUGUAGUUAAUAAAAUGGCAGAAUCAACCAAAGAUGAUAAAUACGAAGCAAAUGAUGAAUGCGAAGCGAAUGAUGAAUGCGAAGCAAAUGAUGAAUGCGAAGCAAAUGAUGAAAGCGAAGCAAAUGAUGAAUGCAAUGGUGGCGAUGAACUAAUCAACGAUACUAAAUCUACAAAUAAUGAAACUUCAGAUAUGAAAACCGAUUGUGAUUCUAAGUGUAAUGUUAAGUUAGACGCGAGUCACGAAACGUUAGAUUUUAGAGAAGUUAAAGUUACUUCAGGCGAUUCGAAAUUUGAACGCGACGUUAAAUUUGAUUGUAAAAUUUCGAUUGAUAAGAAGAGGGACGGUCAAGCGCCGUUCGUUGACUUGAAUACGGCGAUUGCUCUCAUUAAUCGUUAUUGCGGUAAGCUACCAUCGGAUACCUUCACGAGACUGACGCCCCAGUGGUGGAUCGAGGAGGUCCAGCUCAAGGACAGGCGUGGUGACGCGAGGACCGCGUAUAUAUGCACCUUGAGGAUGCCCCUGAAUUGUCCCAUCAAAUACAACAUUGUAGGUCACCCGAUGCCCACCAGAGUGCUGGCGAGGCGCAUGGUCGCCUUGCAGGCCUGUCGGAUAUUGCACAAGUCCGGCGAAUUGGACGACCAGCUCAUGCCAAUCGGUAAAGAAAACUUUAAAUCAGCGGAGUAUGACAAUAAUAUCGUGAAAGAAACGUCCGAUGCGAACGAUUGCGCCCGACCCGGUACGACAAAGCGCAGACAGUACUACUAUAAACGGACGGCGUGGGCGUUCACAGACUGCCAACCAAUAAUAGACUCUACGGACGCGGAAAUAGAGAACAAUCCGACGUUAGACGAUGAAACUAUACAGAAAGGUCCGAGCGCGAACAUGUUGUACUGCAUCGUGUCGUCGCUGUGCUGCGCGCUGCCCGAGCGGUACAACACGCGCGGGCGGAGGCUGCACGCGCCGCAGCUGGCGCGACAGGCCAUCGGCGUGCUCAUGGCGAGGCGGGACCCGCACCAGCUGCAGAUCCCCGCGUUCCCCGUGUACACGCGCUCGGGCGAGGUGCGCGUGUGGGUGCGCGCCGCGCCCGCCGCCGACGCGCGCCUCGGCCCGCGCCGCGCCGCGCUCGUGCACAGGUUCAUGCGGUUCGUGUUCUCGGACGUGCUGCGCGUGCGGCGGCGCGGCAUGAAGCUGCAGCCCGAGGGCUCCACGCACAACAAUUACUACGUCGUGCCCACCGUCAAGAAAACAAGAAGCGAUGGUACCACUUGGACAGAUAUAGAUUGGCCGUUCCUCGAACUGAUAUACAAACACACUGAAGAUAAAAAGAAUCUAGAGUUGGAGAAGCCGAUAAUAUGGGAGGAGGGGGAGAAGAAGAAGACGAAAGACGACAGAGUGAAGAAGAUAGAGAAUCCCUUGUUGAAACCCGAUGAAGUGUUUGUUUUUGAUGCGGAGAAGUACAAAGAGGCAGUCGUCACACCCUGGUAUAGGAACCAGGAUCAACCGCAGUUCUUUCUCGUAGCGGAAAUAUGCUGGAAGCUAUCACCUGACUCCGCCUUCCCGUCAGACCAGCAUACGAGUUUCAGAUCGUACUACAAGGCCAAAUAUGGUGCUGAACUCACGCAGAGCUGCCAACCCUUACUGGACGUGGACCACACCAGUGCCAGGCUGAACCUGUUGACGCCAAGAUACGUGAAUCGCAAGGGCGUCGCGCUGCCGGUGUCGUCGGAGCGCACGCGGAGGGCGAAGCGCGACCGCCUGGACCAGAAGCAGAUCCUCGUGCCCGAGCUGUGCCGCGUGCACCCCUUCGCCGCGCCGCUGUGGUUCGCCACCGUCGCGCUGCCCUGCGUGCUCUACCGGAUAAACGCGCUGCUGAUAGCGGACGAGAUCCGUCGCUCGGUGGCCAUCGACGUGGGGCUCGGCGUCCCGCGCAUCGACGAGCGCACCUGUCCCGGCUUCCAGUGGCCGCCGCUCGACUUCGGUUGGAGCUUGGCUGAGGUCCUGAGCGCGGACAGCGAGAAAGAGAAGGGUGAUAAGACGAAAGAGGACGGAGAACCGAAGGCUGAGAAAGAUGAUAAUAAAAAGAAAGCAAUAGAAGAUACGGAACCCGAGAAAGAGACGGAACAGUUAGAGAACAAGGGAGAUGUAAAAGAGAAAACCAUUAAUGAUAUACUGCAAGAAAAAGAAGAUGCUGAAAGUGGUUUCGAGAUCGGUACCUGGAGUAACGACAUGGCGUCUUCGAUACCGCAGACUACGGAAUUCGACGAGUUCUUGGAACCGCUGCCGCCGAACCUCACGUUCUGCACUUCAUCGUCUGGCGGAGCGAAUUGGUCUGAUCCCAUAGAAAAACCGAAGGUCAGUCACUACAAUCCAAGCCGUACCUUCUCGAUGGCGGACAGCGAUUGUUCUUACAUGUCCAGCGACUUCGACACAGACGACUCUGACUUGACCGACGGUAGCGACGACGACACGGACACGAGCGGGUUCUGCAGCAGCAGGAACUCCAACGCGGCGAUGGGGGUGCGGAUAGAGUACAAGACGGCGCACGAGGCGGAGGCCGUCGACCUGGAGAGGCGCCGCCCGCUGGCGCCCGCGCCGCCGCCCGACCGGCGGGACGACGCGCGCGACCUCGCGCGGGCGCGCCGCGCACUGCGGGCCGGCGCCGCCCCCACACAGUACGUGAAGAAAUUCCGCGAGUCUGUCGCGAGACAUGAGAGUGAAAUUAAAAAUAACGGUCUCUUAAUAGACAAAGACCAAAAGAUAGAAGAGCUGCUACCAGAAGUAUCGAGAGAUAUAGAUAAAAAUACCCCGAUAGCGCACAAAGACAAACAAAUAAGUAUUAACGUUGCUACCGGAAGCAAAUCUACAAAAGAUAAGAUAAAUAUUAUAGAUAGUAAAAUUUUAAAUAAUAAAAAGUUAGAAGCAGACGAAGAUGUCGAGGAAAUUAUUAAAAUCGUAAGAAAUAUUGAUUUAAAUGAACUAACUGAAAAAAUAGAUAUAGUUUUAGCCAAAGAGAGUUCUAGUGAUUUACUCGAGAAACAAAACAAUGACACAGACGAUACAAAAAUACUUAAUGCUGUUACGAAAAGGCCAAAUAAAGAUGUAGAUGGUGUUCGAAAUGAAAUAUAUUCAAAUUCAAAUAUAAGUAAUGACAUUAACGAUAUUACUAAUAAUAUAGUAACAUACAAGGGUGUAAAUAUAAAUGAUCUUGAAAGUAAUAAAAACGCAACAUAUAACACAAAAAUAGAAGAUAAAACCACCCCAACAAAAGUCGAAAAUGAAUUGCACAACGAUAUCAAUUUACUAGAAAGAAAACACAAAGAUGGCAACACAAUAGAUAAAGCUAUAGACAAUGUAAAAGAUAGAAAAGACGUAACUGAAAUAAGUAAAGAUAAAAUAUCUAAUAUUGAGAUGUUAGAUGAGAUAUUCCCAUACGGCGAUGGCAUAGAAUUAGAAAACGGACAAAUAACGCUAGAAUCCAUAGAGAAAAAUAAAAGAAUUUUAUUAGAGGAUUUAAGAAAACGAUUGUCCAAGGACGAAAUUAAAAAACUGAACUGUUUCUCUAUGAAAGACGUUAAUAUAGACUCGCCUGAUUAUGUCAAUGAGAAAAUUGCGAAUAUCGGCUUCGAUUCAAAAGAGAAAUACCAAAGGAUCGUAAAUUCGUGGUCCGAUAAUAACGAAAAUAAGCCAUAUUACAUGGAUAAUAAAGGUCAAAAUGGCAAGGAAUUUGACUUUGAUUAUCAGCCGAAUUUAGAGGGACACCCCGGGCCGAGUCCUAGCGUUAUAUUACAGGCCUUGACGAUGUCAAACGCGAACGACGGCAUCAACCUGGAACGCCUGGAGACGAUCGGCGACAGCUUCCUGAAGUUCGCGAUCACUGCGUACCUGUACUGCGCGCACCCGGCCGUGCACGAGGGGAAGCUCUCGCACAUGAGGAGUAAACAGGUGUCCAAUUUGAACUUGUAUAGGCUCGGUCGCAACAAACGUCUCGGAGCUAGAAUGAUAGCGUCGAAGUUUGAACCGCACGACAACUGGCUGCCGCCGUGUCAUAAACCGCCGCCCACGCUGCAGCCGACUUCACUGGGUGAUAAGGUGUGCAAGGAAGCGCCAGUUGACAGCACAGGUUGCUUCAUACCGUAUAACCUGAUCACACAACACAGUAUACCAGACAAGUCCAUCGCGGACUGCGUGGAGGCGCUGAUCGGCGCGUACCUGCUGGAGUGCGGGCCGCGCGGCGCGCUGCUGUUCAUGUCGUGGCUCGGCAUCCGCGUGCUGCCGCGGCACGAGCUGCCGCUGCCCGCCCGGCACCCCUACGUGCGCCGCCACCGCGAGCGGGAGGCCGCCCGCGGGGCUUCGGCCAAACGUCGGUCGUCAUGCUCGUCGUGGUCGGACGACGAGGACGGUCCCGAGUCCCGCUCGCCGGAGCCCGAUUGGGGGUGGGCCGGGCGGCCCGUGGGAGCCCUGCGGCCCUACCGCACUAAGGACAACAAGUGGUUUCAGCCAAUAUUUGGUGAACUGAAGGCACCCCCCUCCCCUCUGUUGAGGUACAUUGAGGACCCUGAAGGGGAAUUGGAGCAGAUGCUCUCAGGUUACGACGCACUGGAGAGGACGUUGCAGUACCGCUUCCGGGAUCGAUCGCUCCUCCUCCAAGCGUUAACGCACGCGUCACACCAGAGCAACCGGCUCACUGACUGCUAUCAGAGGUUGGAGUUCCUCGGAGAUGCUAUACUUGACUACCUGAUCACGCGGCACCUGUUCGAGGACCCGCGCCGCCACUCGCCGGGCGCGCUCACCGACCUGCGCUCGGCGCUCGUCAACAACACGAUCUUCGCCACGCUGGCCGCCCGACACGGCUUCCACAAGUACUUCAGACACAUGUCGCCGGGCCUGAACGAGGUGCUCACGAAGUAUGUGAAAAUACAAGAGGAGAACGGACACUCUAUUAGUGAAGAGCAUUAUCUGAUACAAGAAGACGAAAUGGAACAGGCUGAAGAUGUCGAGGUCCCGAAGGCGCUCGGCGACCUGUUCGAGUCUGUCGCGGGCGCCAUAUUCCUGGACUCUGGCAUGUCGCUGGGCGCGGUGUGGCGCUCGGCGGGCGCGCUGCUGGGCGCCGAGCUGGACGCGUUCAGCGCGGCGGCGCCCAAGUCGCCCGUGCGCGAGCUGCUGGAGGCCGAGCCCGACACCGCCAAGUUCGGUAAGCCGGAGCGUCUGGCCGACGGGCGGCGCGUGCGCGUGUGCGUGGAGGUGUUCGGUCGGGGGGCCUUCAAGGGCAUCGGCAGGAACUACCGGAUCGCCAAGGGGACCGCCGCCAGGUGCGCGCUCCGACACCUGCGGAACCACCGGCCGCGGUGAGGCGGGGGGGGGGGCUGUGGGGCCGGACGGAUUCGUCAGCUAGUCAAGGUCAUUCGGUGUUGCUAUAUUGUUAAACUAUACAAAUAAGAUAAACUCAAAUGAUAAUUUGUUAUCAACGCAAAAAAAUCAUAACAGACACAAAACUGUAAAUAAAUUUGAUUAGCAGCUUUAGGAAAAAACAGCGAUAAAAAUACUCCAUGCGAGCUACGUGGGUGACAUCCCAGCUGCUGGACUCCUGGGCGUUUUGAUACAUUAAAAUUUAUGUUUACCAAAACAAUUUUGAAGAAAUGCUAUGUCCUCGUUCCUUUCAAGGGGAAGUUUUUGUCCAGCAGUAAGACUUUUACUGGCUGUUGACUAUUACAAAGAUUAAUCCCACUAAUUAUAUCAUAAAAUAAAGCUACUACAAUUUUAAAAUAAAAUAAUUUAUAAAUAAAUAUGAUAUAUAAAAUAAGGAUCGAAAUACAUAUUAAAAAAAACCAUCGAUUUUUCUUAAUGCAAUAAAAAUAUUUUUCUUAUUAUAAUAUUUAUCAAUUUAAUAUAUUAAGAAUCGUAACCGCAGAACCCGUUCGAACACAGUUCAGGCGCAGGACUGGCUUUGAGUGCUAUCCGAGGCACAGGACCAAAACACACCUUUUAAGCCACGAGACAAACGACUUAGGUCGGUAACAUAUAUCCAAAUUGUUACGACGGCGAUUGGUUGAGGAUAGCUGCAACGCCAUCUAGCGGCGAGUUGUAACAUUUAUUAUAAAAAUAUCCUUAAAUGAAUAAAUCCAUAUAUUAUAAUGUAUGUCCAACUUUUUAUAGUAUUCGUUAGGCAGACUGUCAAGUGAUCUACGUGAUGGUAGGUUACCAUCGCUUACAUCGCCAAUGCGCCACCAACCUUUAGAACCAAAAUGUUAUGCCUAAAUUUUCAUAGUAAUAUUCGAAAUUUUCAUAGAAUAUAAGAUUUAAGUAUAUAACCAUAUAUAACCCUGCUAAUAUUAUAUAAAUACUAUUGGAACAAGCCCGUAAGUGUUUUUAACAUAUAAGCUUAUUUAUAGGAAAAUUUAAUUUGUAACCUAUUACAAUGGUAGGAGUAAAGAUAAUCAAACCAUAGAUUUACAUAUUCCAAGCGAUUCGCCAACAACUCUGCUGUAUUAUACAUGAACCGUUCUCGAUUAAUAUAUCUCUAUAUAUAACACAACACUGUUACACUCAACUAGUUAUAUACACUUUAAUUUUACUUACAAAGUACAGAUAACAACUUCGCCGAUUUAAAUCGCGAUAUUUUCACGAAUCCAUAAGGAAUGCCACAGAUUAUUUAGAUGUUAUUAGCGUUCAAAGACAGAGAUGUUUACUCAAACUGCCAUUGCAAUCGGUUAUAUUUUAUAGGCCAAUGAGAGAGUAGCUACUUUUUAUAUCAGAAAAAAUGUACAUAAAAUAUAGCCCAAAGUUAUUUAGUUAUGCUUAAUUAUAAAAUAUAAAAUGGCCGACUUAUAAUUAUAAGCUUAGCGCGACUUAACUUUAUUUUUGUAAAAGCGCCAUUUAUUUUAAGGAUCAUUAUAAGGUUUUAAAUGUAAAUUUUAAUAUUUUGUAGUUUUUAAAUUUGAUAUGGCAAAUAAACGAUAAUAUUUUU